UGUAAAACCCUCCAUUUGAAAUCUCCACGCUACGACACACUGAGGCUCUCUGUAAAACCAGAGGCUCUCUCUCUCUAGGGUUCUCCAUAAACCCUAGAUUUGCUGACAAAAUCUGACGCCAACAAUGGCCGGAUUCGUUCCUCCGCCACCACCUCCGGCUCCUCCUGCCCCACCUAAGCCCGAUGAGAAAGUCGACUACCUCGAUCUUCCUUGCCCCAUCCCCUACGAAGAAAUCCACCGCGAAGCUCUCAUGUCUUUAAAGCCAGAGCUUUUUGAGGGGAUGCGGUUUGACUUUACCAAGGGGCUCAAUCAGAAAUUCUCACUCAGUCACAGCGUGUUCAUGGGGCCCACUGAAAUUCCUUCUCAAUCCUCUGAAACUAUUAAAAUCCCAACUGCUCAUUAUGAGUUUGGUGCUAACUUUAUAGACCCAAAGUUGAUGCUUUUUGGGAGAAUAUUGACCGACGGGAGGCUGAAUGCAAGAGUGAAGUGUGAUUUGACUGAAAAUCUCACUCUGAAGGCUAAUGCUCAGCUUACAAGUGAGCCACAUAUGUCACAUGGCAUGGUUAAUUUUGAUUACAAGGGUGGUGAUUACAGGACUCAACUUCAACUUGGAAAUGGUGCUUUAUUUGGAGCUAGUUACAUCCAGAGUGUGACCCCUUAUUUGUCUUUGGGUGGUGAAGUUUUUUGGGCUGGUCAGCAUAGAAAGUCAGGAAUUGGUUAUGCUGCUCGUUACAAUACCGAUAAGAUGGUUGCAACAGGACAAGUUGCUAGCACUGGCAUGGUUGCUCUGAGCUAUGUUCAGAAAGUAUCAGAGAAGGUUUCUUUAGCAUCAGAUUUCAUGUACAAUUAUAUGUCAAGAGAUGUCACUGCAAGUUUUGGUUAUGAUUACAUCCUUCGACAGUGCCGUCUUAGGGGAAAGAUCGACUCCAAUGGGUGCACAGCUGCUUUUCUUGAAGAGCGAUUGAAUAUGGGUCUUAAUUUCAUUCUUUCUGCAGAGAUAGAUCACCGGAAGAAAGACUACAAAUUUGGGUUUGGGCUGACAGUAGGAGAAUAGAAUAAGAUUAGAAGGCAAUUUGUGCUGUUUUUUUCUCAGUUUUAUCACACAUUGUUGCCAGCAACUCAGCAAGUUAUUCUGGGUUGGUUUUUCCUUGGUUGGAAGGUUCACAGAUCGGUUUUGUGCUUCUCUCUCGGCAAACAUUAUUUGUGGGGCAGCGUCAGCUGCUUCAACAGUUUUAGCAAUCGUAAUUUUUGGCAUUUCAGAGAUGUAGGAAUCAUAAUUUAUCAAAAUUGAGAUAUGAUUUUAAUGGUGUGUUUGCAUGAUGAAAUAAACAUGCAGCUAAAUGUUGGACAUUGAUGAUAUGUAUGAUAAAGCCAAAAGUACAGUGAUUGCUAUUAUGGGAGGGACAGUCGAUUCAUCUGCCUAUUCCAACUUUCAACUAUAAUAGAAAAUUCAUCAAUGA